UGGCCUUUCUGCCUCUCCUCCUCCUCCCCAUCGCCCCUAUCUAUUCUACCCUCGCACAAUGGCAAUCCACUACUUGAUCCUCCUGUCGAGGCAGGGCAAAGUGCGCCUGGCCAAAUGGUUCACCACUCUUUCCCCCAAGGAGAAGGCCAAGAUCAUCAAGGAUGUGACCCAGCUGGUUCUGUCGCGUCGCACCCGCAUGUGCAAUUUCCUCGAGUACAAAGACACCAAGGUCGUCUACCGUCGCUAUGCCUCCCUCUUCUUCAUCGCCGGCUGCGCUUCCACCGAUAACGAAUUGAUCACCCUCGAGGUCGUGCAUCGUUAUGUCGAGCAGAUGGACAAAUACUAUGGCAAUGUGUGCGAGCUGGACAUCAUCUUCAACUUCCAGAAGGCCUACUUCAUCCUGGAUGAGCUCUUGCUGGCCGGGGAGAUGCAGGAGAGCAGCAAGAAGAAUGUGUUGAGGUGCAUCAGCCAGCAGGACAGCUUGGAAGAUAUGGAGGUUGAGGAAGACGUUGUCACGAAGAUUAUGUAGACGCCUCUCCGGCAAGCGAGCGUUUCUGUGUUUAUAUUGCUUGGGAUGUUUCGUUUUGUGCUUUGGGCAAGCUGGGCUGCUAAAUUGGCGUUGGACGUACAUAAGCGUUGUGUUCUACUGUCGCGACUGUUUGCAGAGACUAAUUAAUACCACCAUGGCUACGCUCAGGAUCAGGAAACCAAGGCAGUCCUCGGCCACUUAGCGAAGGAAGGGUUACUGUGAGGAGAAGCACACUUUGGUCGGUGGGGGGGGG